GAUGAAGCUAAGAAGCUGGGUCGGGCGGAGGGAUACGUUUCCAUGGGAACGCCAGAUCUAGCCAGUAAACCCUCGGACUUCCCCGCGGUGUCCCGCCCCCUCCUCUCCCCCUUUUCCUGUACCCUCCUCAUUUUCCUUCCCUUCUCCCUCCCUUCUUUCCCCGUACUAGGGACCCCCAACUCUAGCAAUCUUACUGUAGGUACCUCUGAGACCGGCGUUAUGAAAGGCUGUAAAAUUUAACCGCUGAUGUUGCAGCUGUCGCCGCCUUUCUGCUGGGGGACCUGGCCUAAACUGCUGCUCAGUCAUCUUUGAGGCUCAUCAGAGGUAAUCGGGAGUUUGACCAGGACAGGCGGUGGGUGUAGUGAUGAAGAGGAGGAGCUCGUGGAGUGUGCCAGAGUUGGGUUUGAAGCUGGGCUCCACUAUUGGAUAGCUGCCUAGCCUUGAAUGAGAAUAUCCUAAUGCUACACCCACACUAUUAGUUUGUCUGCCUCGGUUGUAGCAGUGACACUUCGGGCCGUGGAAGAAGUGAGCCCAGUCGGGAGAGCAGGAGCUACCCUCACUGCAGCCACAUCGCUCCCCUUCAAAUAAUUCCCGUCUCAAAGUAGGGAAGCAAAGAUGUCCGUUACUGUAAGUAAAAGAGAAAAUGAUAAAGGGAAUGACUUGACAUCAUGUGUCCUGAGUAAGACAGAAGGUGACGAGGAAAAGUUUGAAGAUGCCUAUGAAAUGAUCCCUGUGGCCACAACCAUGAACCUAAAAUCUUCCCUGGAAGAGUGCACAACUGGAUUGUAUUUAUUUCUAAAUAACAGAUUCUCAGAUGCCAUAAAUCUCAUUCAUCCAUGGUCGAAAACCAGCAUAUACCAUGCUCUAAUCUAUAAUAUCCUUAUGGUUGUCAAGGCCGUUUUGACUUUUGAUCCACAGGAUAUACAGACUGGAAUGGCUACUGCAAGGGAAGCUUUGAAAACCUGUAACAAUUUCCGAAGAAAGUCUAGGAUGAUGAAUUUUUCUCAUCUCGUGAGUAAACAGGGAAUAAAGACUAUCAAAGAGGAGGAACUGCAUGCUGAAGUCUGCUACGCGGAGUGUUUGAUUCUGAAAUCCACUGUCACAUUUAUACAGGAUGACAGUAUGCUUGGUUUUCUUAAAUGUGCAAUCAACAUCGGGUUAAGUUACCAAAUAUACAAAGACUGCCAACAGGUAUUAACACAGAUGCCUAACAACCACAGCAAAACCUACAGACACCUGGUUGAAGGAGUAAAAUUUGGACUUGGAGCAUUCAAUCUGCUAUUAUCACUUGUGCCACCAAAGACACUUAAACUACUCAAUAUUGUUGGAUAUUCUGGUGAUAGAGAGGUAGGCUUGACUCUGCUUCACGAGAGUGCAUCCAAAUCCCAUAUAAAUAAUAUCUUAAGUGUUUUGACUCUAGUCUUUUAUUACACGUACAUCUAUGUAGCUAUUGGUGCUGAAAAGGGCCACAGUUCUGCUGUAGAGGAUCUCUUCCUAAUCUACCUCCAGAAAUUUCCAAACUGUGUCAUACUUAAAUUUUUUCAGGCACGUUUUAGUAUGCUGAAAGGAAAUUUUGAAAAUGCCCGGUUAAUAUUAGAGGAGUGCAUUUUUAUUCAAAAUGAAUGGAAGCAGGUUCAUCACCUCUGUUACUGGGAACUCAUGUGGUGCCACAUCUUUCUGCGGAAUUGGAAGCAGGCUCACCACUACGCUGAUAUACUGUCUCGUAACAGCAGGUGGUCUAAGGCAAUAUACAUGUACAGUAAAGCUAUGCUACUCUCCUUGCUCCCUUCAGAUUCUGUGAAAUCAGUGAGUGAGGACAUAAGCUCUCUCUUCUUGAAAGUGGAUAGCCUGAGAAUCAAAAUUUUGGGAACUUCUGUGCCAAUAGAAAAGUUCAUCGCCGAGAAGGGGCAGCGCUAUGGCACCACCACAGGCUGGUUUACAGCACAGCCCAUUCUGGAGUUCAUUUACGCCUGGAGUGGUUUCCGAGUCAUGAGCAAAAAACUAGACCUUAUUUCAAGCUGGCUGUCGAUAAUUGAUAAAGGAGAAGACCUCUUACGAAAAAAUCCAAAUACCGAGUAUGGCACAGAUGACAUAAGUCUGUUAAAUUUGCUGAAAGGUCUGUGCCUGAAACAUUUGGGCAGAUAUUCAAUGGCUGAGCGUUACUUUAAUCGUGUCCUUCAGAAGGAGAAAUUGUUAAAAUAUGACCACUAUUUGGUGCCAUAUACUUACUACGAACUAGGAAUUCUCUACUAUCUAAAAGGAGAUUAUGACAGUGCAACAAAAAACCUAGACAACAUAAAAAACUACAAAGACUAUUCCAUGGAAGCUCGAUUACAGUUUAGGGCUCACAUAGCCCUUGAACAAAUAGCUAAAGAAAAGUGAUGGUUUUGACACAAAGCAUGGUUUUGUUUAUGAUGCGUGAAGUAGCUGCAACCAGCAAGAAAACAGGUAGAAAAAUCAUUUCUUUGUGGAAGAAAUCCAAGAAGAGACAGCUGCUAAGAAUCUGAUCAGUAACAAGUAAGAAAGGGAUUGGCCAUUACUUUUCCCUCUUUCCUUCUCCAUACUUAUAAAAUGCAAUGUCUUAGACUGGCAAA